AAUAUUAGAGCCAAAUGAAGUUUUCUUUUUAACAGUUUUAUGUUUUGGUGAAGAUGAAUUUAAAGAGGAACACAUAGGAUCACUGUUCACAAUUUUCUGCGGGGGAAAGGUAUAGUUGAUGGAUAAUAUGCGAGAAAGUUUCAUGGAGAUGACUCCUUCUAAAUCUAUAAUAUUGAAGAAUUUCAAAAACUAGGGGACAUGUGUGGAGACGAGAUCAUAGUAAAAGGCUGGGAAUGGAUUAAAACAGUUACCGGCGUAGAAGGUCCAGAGAAUACUAUAGAAAACUGGAUUAGAUACCGAAGUAUUGUCUGCGAAUUUUCAGAAGAAAAAAACAGAAAACAAUUUAAUGAAUUUUUCCAACUGGGUGGCGAAUACUGGUUGGAAGUUUGUGUUAACGCUUUUUCAGAGAAGUGCAAAAAGGCAGUGAAAGCGUCAGGACUUAUUGCUGACAUGUUCGAGAGACAUUUUGCUAAUGGUGAUUGUGAGAAGAUCGACGAAACUGAUAAAAAGAACAAAAAACUAAUGUACGGAUAAAGAUUGGACAGAUUAUUUUUGGAAUAAGAUUUUUCCGAUUUUGAUUUAGAAAAAUUACGUUAAGUUUAAGUAUCAUUAAAAAUAUUUAAAAAGUAAA